CUCUUUCGUUCUCCCUCGCUUUCUCUCCAACUACCAAAGCCCCACGCGCGGAUUUUCUCGAGAAAAAAGCAGAACUCCCGUGCGCAAUUUUCUCGCCGCCCCCCCGUCCGUUAUCCGCCUCGCCUCGCAUUCCUCCGAGCAUUUCCGAUUUCACGAGCCGCCGCCGCCGCCGUCGUCCGGCGCUCUUCGCUCUCUCUCUCUCUCUCUCGCUCGCUCGCUCGCUCUCUCACUCGCUGCGGCGUGGGAUCGUGCGAGGAUUUUGAGCUCGGCAGCGGGAUUCUCGGGGCCGAGGUUCCUGUUGCUAUUUCCGAGGAGAGAGAAGCUCGUCCCCUCGCCCCUCGAUUGCGGUGAUUCUGCGAGUUAGCUGGUUGUCUCCGUUGUUGUCGCUUCGAAUAAAGGCCGAUUCGGUUGGAUUUUCAUCAACCGAUCGAGGCCGACCCUCUCGAAUCGCCCUCUUCUCUGCGUUGUAUUCGCGCCUCUCUCUCUCUCUAUUUCUCUCGUACUUUUUCCCGAGGGAGAAAAGUCCAAUUUUGCUUUUGGGUUCGAGUGAAUUUGACGAUUUUCCGAGCGCUUUGAUUGCGCUCGGAUUGAAUCUUUUGGGGUGUUUUGCUUGUGGCAUUAGUGAAAAUUUAGAAAGCGCGUCCUUCUUGUCGGCUCGUGAAGCUUCCGCUGUUGUUGUGGAGAGUUUCGUGAAAUUUUAGUGUAAUUCGUCGUCGUCCCGAGCUCGGCCCCGUUCGGUGGCUCAUUUUUUGUCGUCGCCGGAAGCGUUGGGCUGUUUCGAGGGGUUUUAUUUCCAAAAAAUAAAAUCUGUUUUUGAUUAGAGGGGGAAAGGAGUUGUGGCGAGAUGACGAUGGGGUCUAUGCCGGGUAGCUCUGGGUACUUGAACUUGUAUCCAGAGCGGAAAAUGUCGUACUUCAGCAAUCUGUACGUGCUGGGAUUGACUGUGACUGCCGGGAUAGGCGGACUACUCUUUGGUUACGACACAGGUGUCAUAUCUGGGGCGCUCCUGUAUAUUAAAGAUGAUUUUGAGGCUGUCAAUGAGAGUAGCUUUCUACAGGAAACUAUAGUCAGCAUGGCCUUGGUUGGUGCAAUAAUUGGAGCUGCUUCAGGGGGUUGGAUUAAUGAUUCUUAUGGACGUAAAAAAGCUACCCUUUCAGCUGACAUCGUUUUUGCAGUUGGAGCAGUAGUAAUGGCCGCUGCUCCUGAUCCUUAUGUCCUCAUUAUUGGUCGGCUUCUCGUUGGCCUUGGUGUUGGUGUUGCAUCUGUUACUGCUCCUGUAUAUAUUGCGGAAGCUUCACCAUCGGAAAUUAGGGGAGGCCUUGUUAGCACUAAUGUUCUUAUGAUAACUGGUGGACAGUUUCUCUCAUACCUUAUAAAUCUUGCGUUCACAGAGGUCCCAGGAACAUGGCGUUGGAUGCUGGGAGUGUCUGGUGUGCCAGCAGUCAUUCAAUUCUCCAUAAUGCUUUUUCUACCGGAGUCACCUCGAUGGCUUUUUAUGAAGGAUGAUAAAACUACAGCUGUCGCUGUGCUUUCUAAGAUUUAUGCUCCUGAUCGGUUAGAGGAUGAGAUUGAUAGUCUUUCUGCGGCUUUAGAGGAAGAACGCCGGAGAAAGAGUAAUGUCAGAUACCAAGAUGUUUUUAAGUCAAAGGAGAUUAGAAUUGCUUUUUUGGCUGGUGCUGGGCUUCAGGCAUUUCAGCAGUUCACUGGUAUCAAUACAGUGAUGUACUACAGCCCAACUAUAGUCCAGAUGGCUGGCUUCUCUUCCAACCAGCUAGCACUUCUUUUAUCCCUGAUCGUUGCUGCCGUGAAUGCUGCGGGGACCAUUGUUGGAAUUUACUUAAUCGACCAUGUGGGUCGGAAAAAACUAGCCCUUGCGAGUUUGUCUGGUGUAUUAGCAUCCUUGGCAAUUCUUUCCGGUGCAUUCUUUGCAGAAUCCUCUGAUUCCACAAAUGGCGUAUAUGGGUGGCUUGCAAUCCUUGGUUUGGCCCUCUACAUCGCUUGCUUCUCACCCGGGAUGGGACCUGUACCAUGGACAGUGAACUCAGAGAUAUACCCCGAGGCAUAUCGUGGAAUAUGUGGCGGCAUGUCGGCCACCAUCAAUUGGAUUUCGAACUUGAUUGUGGCACAGACAUUUCUUAGUGUCGCUGAUGCUGUGGGGACAGGUGUGACGUUCUUGAUUCUUGCGUGUGUAGCCGUGUUGGCCAUCGUGUUUGUGGUCGUCUUUGUGCCAGAGACAAAGGGGUUGACUUUUGAAGAGGUGGAGAAGAUUUGGAAAGAGAAAGCUUGGGGAAGUAGCAAAGGCAAAGAGAGUACAGGCCUUCUGGAAGAUGAAGCCUGAGUGGUAUGAGCCCUUGUUUAUUCAUUAGAUAUAGUAGGUACAGCAAUAGAAUGAGCAUCCAGCGGAUCUGCCGCUAUGCCUGGAGUGUUAGUUCAGGCUAAGGGGUCUAUUGGGUGUGGACAGUUUCCAACUUAAGGAAAUAAAUGUGUAUUCCGGAUUUUGCAUUGCCCUAAAAUGCCGACUGCGAGUUUCUUAACUCUGUCUUUUUAAA